AUGUCAAAAUUUAUAAGUUACUUUUCAGAUGUUUUAAAUUUAACCGUGGCAGGAAAUGACGAAAAGGGAAAUCAAAAUGAAAAAUUGAAAAAUAUUAAAAAUUGGCCUCGUAAAUUAAUUUUUUCACAACCUUAUUAUGUUGAAAAUGAAAAUGAAAAGAAAUUAGUUACGGUUUCAUCGAUUGGAGAAUCACCAAAUGAAGAAAGCAACGAUUUUAUAAGAAAAGGAAAAUGUAUUAUUAAAAAUGGUAAAACAGGACUUAUUGAAGGAUUAUUAUCUGGAAUUUUUUUAGGAGGUGGAUUAGGAAUUCUUAAAAAUGCAAAUUUAUUUGGAAAUUCUAAAAAAAAUUAUGGGAAAAAAAAACAAGGCUCCGAUACGGAUAAUGAUGAUGAAUCCAAUGUUAAUGAUAAUAUUAUUUUUGCAACUGCUUGUAACGGUGCUAUUAUUUUGGGAGUUUUUUGUACAAUAGUCAGCACCUUAAGGGGAGCCAUGUUGUUUGUUAAAGCAGAAAAUAACGAUGAUAUUCAAUCUCAAAAUCAAGGGAUUACAAAUGAUGACACCAUCAAACAAGAAAGUUUUAAAAAUAAACUUAAACGUAUUUACGAAGCAGCUAGACAUGGAACUCGAGAAGGAGUUCUUACUGGAAUAUUUUUUGGAGGGUGUUGGGGAAUAUAUAAAUCAAUUAAACUCGAUUUAAGUUUAAAUUCUUCGCUUUCGUCAAAAGAAAAAAAACCUAGUGAAAGUGAUAAUAAAAAUCCUGAACCCGAAAACAAUAAAGAUACAAAUCCUCCGAUUAAAAAGGAAGAAGAUUCGAUGCAAGUUAAUUUAAAAGCAAUUUUAAAACACGAAAGCGAUUCAUCAAAGGGAUAUUUUACAAAUCCUGAAAAACUUGGAAUUAAAGUAUACGAAACUGAUUUUCCCGAAGAAAAAAUUAAAAAAAACACAGAGAACGGAGAGGUUGUCGGUUAUGCCUUCAUACACUCCGAAUCAUUUGAUGAAUUUGACGAAAAAAAAAAAAAAAAUAAUCCCGAACCGCCAAAAACCGGUAGAAAUGAAACGAAACUCACUCAGGAAGUCCGUCAAAAAGAAAAAAUGAUAGGGAAUGAUGUCAAGGUAGUACAAUCAACCAAACGAACGACCAUGACACAUCAUAAUGAAAAAGGUAAAGUCGUAUCGAUAGCUUCAAGUCGAGAAGUUGAAUAUAUGAAAGUUGAAAAAAGUAAAGUCAGUAAACAUUUAUCGGGAAAUAGUGCAGAAAAACCAAAUUCAAAUGUUAAAAGUUCAAAGGGAGUCAUGACUGACCCAUCAAGUGUACUGUGCAUACCAUUUAGAAAAUCAACUUCAGAGGAAUCUUCAACAACAGGAAGGAGUACAUCCUCUAAUGUAAUACCUAAUAAAACCGGACAUGAAAAAAGAGAACCGAUUAGUGGAAAAGGAAAAAGUAACGUCGGAAUAAUAACAAAAAAAACAAUAAUGACGGAUUAUAAAGAAAAAGCAACCAUUUCCGUACACGGAUGGAGACAUUUGAGUAAGCCAAAAGACGAUAAUAAUACUUUUCCUAGUCGAUCCCUCAGCAAAACAAUAUUAAGAAAUGCGGAUUCAAUAAGCGAUAGUUCUAAUCUUUCGGUUAUAAAUGAAAAUCAAAAUUUGGAAAAUGAACAUGUCCCUGCUGCUCACAUAAAUGAAAGAAACGCAUCAAACAUAAGUGAAAUCGUUGGUUCCGAUUUACAAAAACAAAAUGAAACGUUGCCGUCACCAACAAAAAGUACCGAAAAAAUUGAAAAUAAAUUAAUAUCAAUGGGUAGCAAUAUGACUGUCGAUCACGUUCCUAGUACGCAUUCGGUACUAAGUAAUGCAUAUCCGUCAGAACAUGAUUUGGGUUCUCCUCCAGCGGAAUCUACCAAUUUACAAUCUCAAGGUAUGAAUUUGACAAAAUCCUCCAUCAGCGGUACAACAUCACAGAAAUUAUCUGAAGUUUUUAAACAUUCGCAAGAAAGUCAAGACAAACAACCGGAAAUAAAAGGACGUCCAAGUAUUGCUAAAAGUACAUCUAGUAUAAUGCAAAAUUUGGGAUUAUUUAAAUAUGGGGAUAGUAGAAAAUCAUCGGAUGAGUUUUAUGUGGAGUCAUAA